UGGUGCUUGCGCAGGUUGUUGAGAUGCAGCCUCCCAGACCUUCUCUGUGCUGACUGGAAACCGCAAAUGGCUCAGGCACAACGGCUUAACCAUUUCUAGCAAUGUCAGUGACGCUAUGACAGACCAUGAGAUGAAAGGACAGAUGGCCAUCCUGGUGGCUAUUGACAGAUGAGAGCAUUGCAAGUGUGGUAUCUUGGUGUGGGGUGCCCCAUCCUGUGUAGCUGCUGAUGCCGGCUAUCGCAGACGCUGUCAAGCAGACCACCCUGGUUGCACACAUGAUUCAAAGCAUGGGUGUGGAUGUGGUUUUGAGCACGGGGGACAACCGGAAGACAGCCAGAGCCAUUGCCACCCAGGUUGGCAUCAACAAAGUCUUUGCAGAGGUGCUGCCUUCACACAAGGUGGCCAAGGUCCAGGAGCUCCAGCACAAAGGGAAGAAAGUCACCAUGGUGGGGGAUGAUGGGGUCAGUGACUCCCCGGCUUUGGCCCAAGCAGACAUGGGCAUUGCCAUUGGCACCAGCACGGAUGUGGCCAUCGAGGCAGCCGACAUCGUCCUCAUCAGAAAUGGCUGGCUAGACGUGGUGGCUGGCAUUCACCUUUCCAAGAGGACUGUCUGGAGGAUACGCAUCAGCCUGGUCCUGGUGCUGAUUUACAAGCUGGCUGGGAUACCCAUCAUGGCAGGUAGUUGGUUUCUUCCUGAAGGAGCGAGCUUUCCGGAUGAGUUGAAGAUACGUGCGUGCACGGGAGAUGACCGCUCACUGCAGGGCAAGGCAUCAUCCGUGUUGAAGGAGUACCAGUGUUUGAGAAAUGGACACAGAGCAGGUACAUUUGAUGGAGAGGUAAGAGGAUCACUGUCUACGUGCCAGCGCUGUUCUAAGUGCCCUGGAUCUUCUGGGAAUGAGGUUAGCGUUUUUCAGUUGUACAUAGGACGGUUGAGGAUCAAGAUAGGCAGAGGUGAGCCCUUUCGUGGAAGGAGUUAAUCUAAAAACCAUAAUCUGUCUCAUUUGGGAGGAGCUAAAUAAAUAGCUCUUCAAUGAAGUAAAGGUCAAU